AAUAAAUUAUCUUAUUUAACAGUAGGAGGGUUAACAGCAUACCCAGAAGUUAAUUAAUCCAUUUACUUAUAUAUUAUUUGGCUUAGAAAGCAGGAUCUAAAAUUCAGUCAAUAUGACUAUUGAAAAAAUGAUGGAAUUUCUUAACAAGCCAAAUGUACACAUUGGUGAUCCUGACCAUGUUAAAGAUGUUAUAGAACAGUUAAUUCAGGAUGGUCCAGACAAAUUACAGAUAGUAGCAGACUUCGAUAGAACUUUGACGAAGUACAUCCACAAGGGUCAUGUCUGUGCUACCUGUCAUAAUGUUUUAGAGGAAGGAUCUUUGCCCGAGGUUUACAAGGAGAAGGCCAGAACUCUGAGAGAUACAUACUUCCCUAUAGAAACAAAUCCUAAAUUAUCAAUAGAGGAGAAAAUCCCUAAGAUGAUUGAAUGGUGGACCAAAGCCCAUGGUUUGUUAGAAACAUGUGAAAUUUCCAGAGAUUCUAUAAAACACUGUGUGUCCUCGUCUACUGCUAAACUUAGAGAUGGUUGUUCCUGGUUUUUCGAUGAGCUUAAGAAGUAUGAGGUACCAGUUUUGAUAUUUUCAGCAGGGAUCGGUGACAUCAUUGAGGAAGUAAUAAAACAACAAUCAACCAUGCAUGACAAUAUGCACAUUGUAUCAAAUUAUAUGAAGUUUAAUGAUGAGGAUAAAAUGACCGGAUUCCAGAAUGCCAUUAUACAUGUUUACAACAAGAAUGAGAAUGCUAUCCACGAUUCUGACUAUUUCCAGAAUAUAGAACAUAGAACUAGUAUGAUCUUAAUGGGGGAUUCCCUCGGUGACCUACAUAUGGGUGAUGGUGCAGAGGUUGAUCAUAAACUAAAAAUAGGGUUCCUUAAUGGAAGGGUAGAAGAAAGUCUGGAGUUAUACAAGAAAAAGUAUGACAUUGUGUUAGUGGAAGAUGAGACACUUGACGUCCCAAAUAAUUUAUUACGUAGCAUUCUAGAAAGAUGAUAAUUGUUAAAUAGGUUGUUUUAUAGUUGUUAUUUAUCCGAUACAGCUGAUUUGAAUGCCCUAUGCAAUUUUUUACUGCUUUUGAAGUUGAUGAGGGUUGUCAAUUUUUUAAUGACAAAGAUCUCCACAUUGAUAGCCUUUUAAAGGAAUAUUUACUAAGGGAAAUAACUCUGUUGUAAUUAUUAUUUGUUUAUUGUAUUUUGUAAAAAAUAUAAGAAGGUUUAGGAGGAGCAUAGAAAUAGUCUCAUAAUAUUCCAAGAGUAUUAAUGAAAAUGCUAUUAGUAAAAUUUAGACAUUUAAAAGGAUAUAUGAGUGUUAAGGUCAUAUAGACAUUAAGAAAGGGUUUACCUUAUUAAAGGGAGAUAAAAAUUGUUUAGAAUAUAUAAUAUCAAGGUUUAUAUACAACGCCUUCUUAUGCAGUCAAGAAGCUAAUAAAAUUGAUAGUAACAUUGUUGAUACAAACAUAUCAGUUAUUUUGUCCCUUACCUCCUUAGAUAUGUUCAUAUAAUACUUUGUAGACACUUUUUGGUUUAAGAUUGCCAAGGCAUAAAUGACUGUGUUACAUAAAAAAAAUUCUGAUGAAGGUAGAAAAAAACUUUUGAACGUAUAAAUUGUAAUUUAUUUUCAAUUUUAACAUGUUUUUUUCGGGUACAGUGGAUUCAUCUAUUUUUGUGGGUACCAAUUUUCGUGGUUUAUGGAAUAGUUGUAGUUUUGUGGUUAUUUAAUUUGUUGUUUUGGAAAACACUGCAUAUAUUCCUUUAGAAAAUUUGUAAUUCAUUGAUCAUUUGAUUUGAUGGUUCCUAUGUUCCCACGGAAUCCACGAAAAUUGGUAUUUAACAAAUAAUAAUGAAUUCACAGUACUCGGUAUAAAGAAAGUGUGCAGAUUAUAUUAAUCUGUACAUUAAUCAAUAGAAUUAACAUAAUUGUGUAAGGCUUGAAUUAGUUGAUAAUUUUUAGAUUUUCUGGAGCCAAUAAUGGCUCUUGUCAUAAGUAAAAAGUGUUAUAUUCAUUUUACAAUGUUCUGCAUUUGAUUUUAAAGACACUGCCUGUACAUUAUUAUGUUGCUUAAUCUCUCAGGGGCGGAUUCAGCCAUUUAAAAAAGGGGGGGGGGGUCCAACUAUAUAUCUCCAUUCAAAUGCAUUGAUUGGCCAAAAAAAGGGGGGUUCCAACCCCCAGAACCCUCCUGGAUCCGCCAAUGUCUCGAAUGGUCAUUCCUUUCACCUUGGUGUAGUAAUAGAUAUGAAAGUUGUCAGUGUAAUAUGAUAAUAUGGCAAUAUUAUAUUCAGUAAACAAUAAACAGGGGAAAGUAACUCAACUGAUUAGACAAACAGGUCAUUAGUCAAGAUUCUUAUCUUUUAAAGAUAUAAUAACAGAAAAUCAGUUUGGUGUAAGAUAAUGUUCAAUUAUAUUUUAAUAGUGGGUCUCAUUGGGGUCUAAGCGUGACGCGGGAUUGUCGUUUUUUUGUAAGCGUGACAGUCAAAUAAUUGUGUCGGGAAAACGGGAAAUGACGUCUAGCGGGACAAGGGAAAUUACCAAAAAAAUGAGAAUUGCUUAGGUACAUAGUGUAAGCGGGAUACGGGAAUCUGACAAAACAGUAAGGGGGAUCCAGGAUAAGAACACCCCCCCCCCCCCCAAUGAGACCCCCCUCAAUAGACUGCUGGCAAAGAUAUUUUCAUAACAACAGAAAAUCAGUUAGAUGCUACAUGAAUGUAAUUCUCAAAUUAUAAUUUCAACUGAAUAAUGGCAAAGGUGUCUUAAUAUUAAAUCAAUAAUUUAAUUGCAGACAAAGGCUGUGAAAUUUAUUUAUUUAAGAUUUUUACAAUUUGUGAGUUUCAGGAUUGAUCAUCUUAGUUUAUAUUUAUUUUAACAUGUAUUUUAAUCUAAGUAUUAAUAAAGGUUAGUUUUGUAGUAACAUU